AGAGGCCCUUUGCCAAGUUUUUUUUUUCUUCCUGAACUUGAAAGACCCUCUCUCAUUUUCCCUCUGCUGCCUCCAGCCUCAUCCAACCCCCGCAGACCUUUCUCAGGCAUGAGGAUGGCUGUGUACCGACUGAGAGGAACUCGACCUACUCUGCUAACCCAGUGGCCUGAGCCAAUCAGGAAGAGAGCUUAAGUCUUCCUUUCCAUCCCCUCCCCCUGGGACAGCCUACUGGAAAGAGGGACGCUGGACCUGGUGUGUUUGCAAUGCUAAUCAUUGGCUUUAGGCCCAGUUCUCUUCCAAAUAAGAAGACAGGAGCUGCAGCUGAGGCGUGAGGGGUCUUCUCAUUGCAGUGGACUUCCGUGGAAGAUCCUCACUCCUGUCUCUUGUCGGCAGAGCAAAGGGGAAAGGGUCAGGAUGGUGGAGGCUUUCUGUGCUACUUGGAAGCUGGUUGACAGUCAGAAUUUUGAUGAGUACAUGAAGGCUCUCGGUGUGGGCUUUGCCACUAGGCAGGUGGGAAAUGUGACCAAACCAACAGUGAUUAUCAGUCAGGAAGGAGACAAAGUGGUGAUCCGGACUCAAAGCACUUUCAAGAACACGGAGAUUAGCUUUCGUCUGGGUCAAGAGUUUGAUGAACUCAGUGUAGAUGACAGAAACUGUAAGUCUGUCAUUAGCCUGAAUGGAGACAAACUUGUUCAUGUACAGAAAUGGGAUGGUAAACAAACAGUUUUUGUGAGAGAAAUUAAAGAUGGCAAGAUGAUUGUGACUCUUACUUUUGGUGAUGUCGUUGCUGUUCGUCACUAUGAGAAGGCAUAGAAAGUUCCUCAUUGCGAGCUGGAAAGUUUUCUCAUGCUUCUCUUUUCUCAAGGUUCAGUGCUGUCCUCCUGUUACAGCAAAGCUGAUCCCUAAUUACAAGGUUAACUUCGGAGUGGAGGUGGAAAGUAGUGAUUUAAAAACCUGUUACUCCUAGCAGCCAGCCCAAUUUUGAUAUGUGACUAUAUCAUGGUUCAUAAUUUGAAUCAAACUGUAAAUUCAUUUUUUAUAAAGAAUUGAAAAC